ACAGGGAAUGGGACUGGAGAGAUCCAUACAGCUUUCCUCCUUCAUUUUUCCAUCACCUAACUCAGCAGUGAAAUGGACUCGUGAUGUUUCAGAAAGAGGAUCCUAGACGAUAAAGGACAGAAGAAAGGGAAGUGUUCUUCACUUGCAGUCUGGUCCCGGGAGGGUGGGGGUCUCAGGGAAACGAAGACAGACCUGCAGUUCUGAGAGAAUGGGAGAAGUUGGGCAAAUAGUGGUGUUUGUGAUGACCUUCAUCAGCUGCAAUGCCCUUCUGGAUCUGUCUGGUGUCCACCAGGUCAAGGGCACAUGGAGGGGAUCCACCACUUUACCAUGUACCUACGUGCCUUCAGAAGGUUUCACAGAGCAAGCACUCAGUUGGAGUGUGGAGCGGGACUCUAGCACCUCUACCAUCUUUCGGAGGGAUGAUUCUGGUGACCACAUCUUCCUGUCUAGCUUCCGAGAUCGAGUUAGCAUCCCAAAGCACAGCCCAGGGAAUGUCUCACUCAUAAUUGAGAAGCUUGAAAUGCCUGACAGCGGACACUACACUUGUAAAGUCAUCUGGAGGUCUACAAAUAACAGCUUGAUAACAAGGGAGGUUACCACUACAGUUAAAGUUGUCAAAGUGGCAGCCACCAAGCCCAUCAUCAGGGUUGGCGAAUCUGCUCCCGACAACACUGGUCUCCAGGAUGGAUACUGCUCCGGAAGGGCCUGUCCCAGACACAGGUAA